CUCUCUCAUGACCGUCCCCGUUUCCGUUCCAUUCGCAUCCUUCCGUCUGAAUUUUCAGAAUAUCAUUUUCUUUGGAUUAGGACUCUAGUUUUACGAGGCAGUUUGUUGCCUCUGUUGUUGGAGGAGGAGACAUUAUUUCAUCAGUUUUUCUCCAUGCCAAACUAUGAGGUCUCUCUGAUCUGCCACUGAAAUCAAGGCUUCCUUGAGCUACAGAGAAGAUGUCGACCAUGGUGUAUCCACGCGAAGAGAAGCUCGAGAAGCUUUCUCAGGAGGAGAUCAUCUCCAACACAAAGCUGGUGAUCCAGGGUCUGGAGGCCCUGAAGAACGAGCACAACUCCAUUCUCCACAGCCUCCUGGAGACCAUCAAGUGCCUAAAGAAGGAUGAAGAGGCCAACUUGGUGCAUGAGAAGUCCAAUCUGCUCCGCAAGUCGGUGGAGAUGAUUGAACUAGGACUGGGAGAGGCACAGGUGAUGAUGGCCCUUUCCAACCACCUGAAUGCGGUGGAGUCCGAGAAGCAGAAGCUGCGUGCACAGGUGAGGAGGCUCUGUCAGGAAAACCAGUGGCUGCGCGACGAGCUGGCCAACACCCAGCAGAAGCUGCAGAAGAGCGAGCAGAGCGUGGCCCAGCUGGAGGAGGAGAAAAAGCACCUGGAGUUCAUGAACCAGCUCAAAAAAUACGACGAGGACGUCUCACCCACUCAGGAGGAAAAGGACCGAGAAACACCAAAGGACUCCCUGGACGACCUCUUCCCUAAUGAUGAGGAGGAGCAUGGCCAAGGAAUGCAGCACCAACACAACAGUGCGACCGUGGCUGCAGCCCAGCAGGGAGGCUACGAGAUCCCAGCCCGUCUGAGAACCCUCCACAACCUGGUGAUCCAGUACGCCUCCCAGGGCAGGUACGAAGUGGCCGUGCCCCUCUGCAAGCAAGCUCUGGAGGACUUGGAGAAGACCUCUGGACAUGACCACCCAGACGUGGCGACCAUGCUCAACAUCUUGGCCUUGGUUUAUAGGGAUCAGAACAAAUACAAAGAGGCGGCCCAUCUCCUCAACGACGCUCUAUCCAUCCGCGAGAAGACCCUGGGCAGAGACCACCCUGCUGUCGCUGCAACGCUGAACAACUUGGCUGUGCUGUAUGGAAAGAGGGGGAAGUACAAGGAGGCCGAGCCUCUGUGUAAGAGGGCUCUGGAGAUCAGAGAAAAGGUCCUGGGGAAGGACCACCCAGAUGUGGCCAAGCAGCUGAAUAACCUGGCCCUGCUGUGUCAGAACCAGGGCAAAUACGAGGAGGUGGAGUACUAUUACUGCCGCGCCCUGGAGAUCUACGAGUGCCGGCUGGGCCCAGAUGAUCCCAAUGUGGCCAAAACCAAGAACAACCUGGCAUCCUGCUUUCUCAAACAGGGGAAAUACAAGGAGGCCGAGAUCCUGUACAAAGAGAUUCUGACCCGCGCUCACGAGAAAGAGUUUGGAUCUGUUGAUGCCGAGAACAAGCCCAUCUGGAUGCACGCGGAGGAGAGGGAGGAGAUGAGCAAGGGCAAACACAGAGACAACACUCCGUACGGAGAGUACGGAGGCUGGUACAAGGCCUGCAAAGUCAACAGCCCCACAGUGAACACUACCUUGAAGAACCUGGGCGCCCUGUACCGCCGACAGGGGAAGCUAGAGGCCGCUGACACCCUGGAAGAGUGCGCGAUGAGGUCUCGCAAGCAGAGCAACACAGGCAUCGACCCCAUCCACCAGACACGCGUGGUGGAGAUCCUGAAAGAUACAGAGGGCGACAGGCGGAGGAGCAGGGACAGCCUGACCAGCGUUAAGUAUGAGAGCGGCUCCGAGACCGGCGAGGAAGUGAGUAUGGGCGUGGAGUGGAACGGGGCCUAAGCCAUCAAGAUUAUUCCUCCAUCCUUCUCUCCUCCCCCAGCACAAUAGCAAAAGGAUGUGUGUUGUCGUUCCCUCUGGCCUUCUCUGUCCCAACAAGCCAACAGCUCCUCUACCAUUCCCGGUGCCCGCCCCCCCCUCCCCACACGCCGCGCGGCAGAGACUCAGAAAGCUACCCCCCCCCUCCCUUCCUGCUGGGACGUUUGGUCUUCUCAUCUCUGCUGUUUUUUCCUCUCUUUUCUUUCACUCUCGAUCCUCUUUCCUCUCACUAACCGUGUCACCCUCUCCCCCCCCCCUCUCCGGUCAUUUACUUGAGCUCUUUCUCUGACUUUUAACAUAAAAGUGUAUGUAAUUUUUUCCCUGUGAGGAAGCCACUCGCACAUUUUGUCCUCUCUUUCGACACCCAUUCGUGACUCGUCAUAUGGGCGUAGUAGAUUUAUUUGGCUAGAUGGAGGAGGAGCAGGGUAGUAAUUUAUUCGAAGGUGAAAAUUUCCACGGUUGGUCCGGAUUGAUCGGAAUCUGAAAGUCGACCUCUGAGCUAGCUUCCAACCUGGUGCCUGUAUUUAGCCAUUUUUCUUUUUUUUUUUUAGUUUUUUACUAAAAUUCUUUGCCUAUUAUUAUGUGUUUUUUUUUUUUUUUUAUGUUUUUAACUAACGCCUGCAAUCAAAAGCUCAAACAUCAGUUUUGAAACCAACGGUACUGUAUAGUUUGACGUGCUAACCGACAACCUGAGAAAUGAGAAGGGAGCGAUGUCAGUUUUUUUUUCGUUUUUAUAGACGCAUUUCCUAUUCGUUUUUGUAUGAUAUUGUUUACAUUCUUAUUAUUUUAUAUUCUAAAUAUGAUUUUACGGCUGAAUAUGAGAGGAGUCAAUGUGUCGACGACACCUUCGCGACGUGAGUCGAACCCGCAGCAAAAUUGGUCGGACCGCAGAGAGCUCCCGUCGCCAUGGCGAUUUAGUUUCAAGAUUCAGCGUCCUUGGGGUUUUUUCGACGGAGCGUUCGCAGAGCAUGUGCACGCUGGCUCACAUUUACAAAGGGAAUUGGGCGACAGAGGGUGAGAGCUGAUAUGACGGCGGAGACCGACUCGGUGGUAGAUUUCCAAAAAAAAACGACUUGAAGAGUUGGUGUAAGAGCAAGAAGCAUUAUUCAACACAAGUCUGUACCCCCCCCCCCCCCACCACCACAGUGGUUUUAGUGUGUAUUUGUGUAUGUUUCGGUGGAUCGGCCUCGGUUUCCCCGCUCCGACUGUAUUUUGAACACAAAGCUUAAUAGAGUGUGUUGCCUCUCGUUUCCCCGCACAGUCGCUUUGCAAGUGGUGAAUCAUGUUUUUUUAGCCGCCCAGAGUACAGUGCGAGUAUUUCCUCAAGAUCACCCUGUUAUUUCAGACGUUUAACUAACUGAAUGUAAAUGACUCUAACAUCCUGGAAGUGUAGUUGUAGUGUAUUUAUAGAUUUGACAGGUGCGUUCACUUAUACGGCUCUUCGGUAUGCUACUUGCCUUGAUUCUUCAUUCCUUCCAACGAGUACGCCUAUACUUCUAACGCAACUCAAAAGAAUCGACCGUGCCCAUCACAUUAUUAUGGCAAUAUUGUUGUGUUAGUGGAAUGCUUAUUUAUUGAACUGUCUACUCUCGACAUAUAUAUAGUGUGACUUCAGUUUUAAAGUGGACGAACAUUAAGUGGUAAGGUCUAUAAGCACUAUCUUAGAAAGUAGGACUGCAUUAUAUUUACCAUUCUGCAUUGUGAAGAUUAUUGCAUCAACACUUGUUGGUAUUCUCAAAUAAAGUUUUUCAUUUGUGAA